AUGAGUUCCAUUGAUGCCACGCGCUUGAAAGAAAAACUUGACAAAAAGGAGAAGUGUGGCUCGGACCUGGACUCCACAGUCGCUCUUCAGAUAACACUGUUUUUACCUCCCUCCGCCACAAGACGCAACAUGGACCCAGUAGUGAGGGAGCCUGUCGCCGUUGCCUCCGCUCUCACCGUGGGGCAGAGUGCGCUGAAGUGUCUUGACGUCACCGCUGCUGUGAAAGCCCUCGUGGAGCCAGGCUUUAAACACCGCCGCCCACACGGUGCCAACUUCAGCCGCGCUAUUGUCCAAACACACGCCAACCGUCACUCGCUCCCUGCUCUCCCUGCUCUCUCCGGCAAAACAGUACUUUUCCCAUCACCGGCAGGACGUGGACCAGGGGCGAAAGCAACUGCAUUGGCGUGGCGCAUCAGGCCCCAGCCCAAGGAGCAGCGGACCCGGCCCAGCGGAGCAGCGGACCCGGCCCAGCGGAGCAGCGGACCCGGCCCAGCGGAUCCAGCUCAGGGGAGCACUGUAUAUAACGCCAGACGAGCUGAGUACUUACAGGGACGUGAACAAGCUGCCCCAGACUCUGUGUGUGUGUGCGUGCGCGUGAGACCGGCGCCUGAUUGCUUGCUCUCUCAGCAGCUACCCUGGUGUGGCGCACCAAGCCCCAGUGGAGCAGCAGACCCGGCCCAGCAGAGCGGAGCAGUGCGCCAGGCCCAGCCCGAGCCCCAGCAGAGCGGAGCAGCGCGCGCCAGGCCCAGCCCGAGCCCCAGCAGAGCGGAGCAGCGCGCGCCAGGCCUAGCAGAGAGCGGCCCCAGCAGAGAGCGGCCCCAGCAGAGAGCGGCCCCAGCAGAGAGCGGCCCCCUUAACCUUUUAUUUUGA